AUGGCAGACAUCAAGCCGAACCACACUAUCUAUAUUAACAAUCUUAAUGAGAAGGUUAAGAAGGAAGAGCUAAAGAAAGCCCUGUACGCCAUUUUCAUGCAGUUCGGAGAAAUCGUCAGUAUUAUGGCCUUCAAGACUUUGCGUAUGAGAGGCCAGGCACACAUUAUUUUCAAAGAGCGCAUUCAAUAUGCACGUGAAGACUCCGAUAUCAUUGCUAAGGCCAAGGGCACUUAUGUUGAACGAGCACCUCGAGUUCCAAUGCGUACCCAAAAGAAGAAGAAGGUACUGUUGGUUUACAGAACUAGAAGGACAUAUGGUGCCAAAGGAAGCGGGCAAGGACGAGGACGCACUGGUGGAAACGGAGGAUCAGCCCCACCAAAUAAGAUCUUGUUCUGUACAAAUCUUCCUGACGAGGUUACAACGAAUAUGCUUCAAAUUCUUUUCAACCAGUUUCCUGGACUCCGAGAUAUUCGCUUGGUACCGUAUCGUUCCGGUAUCGCUUUUGUUGAGUAUGAAUCGGAGGAGUUCGCAGCGCCUGCUAGGAUUGCUUUGAACAAUUUCAAAAUAACCCCAGAGCAGCACAUAAAGGUAGAUUAUGCCAAGAAGUAG